GCAGACAACUCCUACGACUCUAGCGACAUUGAAGAUGCCAUCAACGCAGCUGAGGAUGGCGGCGCUAGCGACUACCCCCACCAAUAUCACGAUUAUGAGGGCUUCGACUUUUCUUCUUGCAGCGGGACAUACUACGAGUAUCCUCUCGAACAAGGUGAAGCGUACGAUGGCGGUAGCCCUGGAGCUGACCGUGUCAUCUAUGAUGACUCUGGAGACUUUUGCGGUUGCAUCACACACACAGGGGCAUCAAGCUACGACGGCUUUGUGCAGUGU